GGCCCCGGAAGUGGGUGCGCCCUCCGGCCGUCUUCUCCGGCCUCCGUUGCUUUCUCUUCUAGCGUGGUCUCCCGGCAGGGCGGCGUGGACGGCAUGGGGAAGGAGCAGUUUCUCCAAGUGGCGGCGCGGGGCCUGCGGGCGGCCUGCCCGGCCCAGGCCCGCUACCUCAUGUGGACCUACAGUGUUUCACAUGCUGACAAAAAGAAGUCAAAAGACGUGUGUCCUUACUGUUUCCAGUUCCUGGUGUUGGGCGCCUACAGAGUGCGUCUCAAGCCCAAGCCAAAAAUAACACCUCGGCUCCGGAAACUUCUGAAACGGGAGGCAGACGGGACUCGGAUGCUCAGUUUUAAACAGAGGAAAAUGCUCAGUAGAUACAAGAACUCCCAAAGCACUCUGCUGAUUACCUGUCCUUCGUGCAACGGAACCAUCAGGCAGAAAGGUACAAGUCGAAGUUUUCUGGAAGCCCUGCCCGGGAGUCGGAACACACCCAAGACGCGGCCCGGCAAGAAGGUACCAGACGGAAAGACUGUGAAGUCAGCCAGUAAGACGAAUUACUCCUUCAGCCACAAUCCAUCCAACUCCAAAGGCAGCAGCCUCGCGCUCCCUUUCAGAUCAUCUUCCGGACGGUCCACCUCCAUUUCCUCCUCAAAGGACCACAACAAAAAAAAGCAGUAUUUCUCGCAGCUGAAAAUGCUUCUUAAAAGCGAAGAGGCCCCCAAGAAGGGAAAGGGGGACUUCAGAAAUUUCUUACUCUCUCUCUGAAGCCUGGCCUUUGGAAUGGCGAAGGCUCCCAGAUCACAGCUCGCAACCGCCGUCCCCUCUCCGUUACGCAUCCACCGGCGGACCUCUUGACUCCCGAAGUGGCCCUCGCUCCGAAGAAUGGCUCUGAGCGGUCCCCGUUUCCUUAGGCGUCGUCCCACACGGGCCUUCCCGUGGUCUCCGGAGGCCUGGCAGAUUUUGGGGGGAAGGAUAUGGGAUCGUGGCUGGAACCCCCAAGUUACCUCAGCCUGCUUCGGAGCUGCAUUGUUUUCAGCUCUCGGAAAAAUAAAAAACCCUCCAUGCGCUUAAUAUGGCAAUCGGGCAUUCAAUAACUACCACUGAUCCACUGGGAUUGUGUCCGACCCCAUUUACUUGUAUCCACCCCAGCGCUUAGUACGGCGCUAACAGAUACCACGGUUAUUAAUUAUUAUUACCUCUGAUACCGGGCACCUGCUCGAACCCUAUUCCGGGCUCCGGUAUACCAGACGUCUUGGGGGCUCUGCAUCUUAAAUCCUUCACGUGCUCUCGUACCCGGCCCCGGCCUAGAAACCCACCAAAGACGGCGAGCAUCACCGUCAAACAACCGUUCUCAUCAGUUGAGGAAUAUCAACGGAUCAGUGGUAUUCACUGAGAGCUUACCGUGUGCGGGGGACUGUACUGAACGCUGGGGAGAGAGUUGGUAGACACAGUCCCUCCCCUUGAAGGAACUUACCGUCUAGAAAGACCUGGGGAACGAAAGACGCUGCCGCCCUACCCGUAGCUCACAUUCGACUGGGAGGAAGAGAAAUGAAAUAACGAAAAUGUCAAGCACUUGCGCUGACCCGCAGCCGAGGGGGCGGGGGAGGUGUCUGCCGACUCCGUGGUAUUGUACUCUCCCAAGAGCUGAAUACGAUGCUCUGCCCGCAGUAAGCGCUCAAUAAAUAGCGGUGGUGGAGAGGAGGAGGCUAUCUGCCGCGCUGCUCUCCCUCCGCCCCUCCUCCCCAACCUGGAAAAUCAGAUGGCCAGCAGAAUGGCUCCAGCAGGCCGGGGGUUGUGAGGGACGCGUCCGUCUGACCCGUCCUCACGGCGCCGUCGCCCCCACACGUAUUUCGAAGUCUGUCUUUGCUUUUCCCUAGUAACACUUGCAACCAUUCUUCACCCUAGGUGACAGUUCAAUUUCAGUUUGCUUCAGUAGAGGCCUCUUUCCACUUAGAAAAUUACUUCCUGACAAAGUACUAUAUCCUUCUCUAGUAGAUCACGUAAAAUUUAUGUUCUAAAAUCAACUUGUACACGGCCUGUCUUAACUCAUUAAAAAAAAAAAA